CAUAACUUCGGUGUCCUGAAAUCUGAGGAUUCCACCAAGAUAAUAUGAUAGGAACUUUCUGUGAUUUGGAGCUGUAUCCUACUUAGCUAAUGCAGGCCGUCCAGAUUUCCUGAGAGCUUGGUACAGCAGCACACACUGUCACAGCACGGGCAAUAAUGCCGUCUCUGCCUCAAGAAAGAGUUAUUCAGGGACCCUCUCCCCUGGAUCUGAAUACAGAAUUGCCUUAUCAAAGCACAAUGAAAAGGAAAGUCAGAAAGAAGAAAAAGAAGGAAAUCAUUACAGCAAAUGUUGCUGGGACAAAGUUUGAAAUUGUUCGUUUAGUAAUAGAUGAAAUGGGAUUUAUGAAAACUCCAGACGAGGAUGAAACAAGCAACCUCAUAUGGUGUGAUUCUGCAGUUCAGCAGGAGAAGAUUGCCGAGCUGCAAAAUUACCAGAGGAUCAACCAUUUUCCAGGAAUGGGAGAGAUCUGUAGAAAGGAUUUCUUAGCAAGGAAUAUGACCAAAAUGAUCAAGUCCCGACCUCUGGAUUAUACCUUUGUUCCUCGAACAUGGAUUUUCCCUGCUGAAUACACACAAUUCCAGAACUAUAUGAAAGAAUUGAAGAAAAAGAGAAAGCAGAAAACUUUUAUAGUAAAACCAGCUAAUGGUGCAAUGGGUCAUGGGAUUUCUUUAAUAAGAAAUGGUGACAAACUUCCAUCUCAGGAUCAUUUGAUUGUUCAAGAGUACAUUGAAAAGCCUUUCCUAAUGGAAGGUUACAAGUUUGAUUUACGAAUUUAUAUUCUGGUAACAUCAUGUGAUCCACUGAAAAUAUUUCUUUACCAUGAUGGACUUGUGCGAAUGGGGACAGAGAAAUACAUUCCACCUGAUGAGUCUAAUUUGACCCAGUUAUACAUGCAUCUAACAAACUACUCUGUGAACAAGCACAAUGAGCAUUUUGAAAGGGAUGAGACUGAAAACAAAGGCAGCAAACGUUCCAUCAAGUGGUUUACAGAAUUCCUGCAAGCAAAUCAACACGAUGUUGCUAAGUUUUGGAGUGAUAUUUCAGAAUUGGUUGUAAAGACUUUGAUUGUAGCAGAACCUCAUGUCCUGCAUGCAUAUCGAAUGUGCAGACCUGGUCAGCCUCCUGGAAGUGAAAGCGUCUGUUUUGAAGUCCUGGGGUUUGAUAUUUUGUUGGACAGAAAACUAAAGCCAUGGCUUCUGGAGAUUAAUCGAGCUCCAAGCUUUGGAACUGAUCAGAAAAUAGACUAUGAUGUAAAAAGGGGAGUGCUGCUAAAUGCACUGAAGCUACUAAACAUCAGGACCAGUGAUAAAAGGAGAAACUUGGCCAAACAAAAAGCUGAGGCUCAAAGGAGACUUUAUGGCCAAAAUUCAAUAAAAAGGCUCUUACCAGGUUCCUCAGACUGGGACCAGCAGAGACAUCAGUUGGAGAGGCGGAAAGAAGAGUUGAAAGAGAGACUCGCUCAAGUACGGAAACAGAUCUUAAAAGAAGAACAUGAAAAUCGGCAUAUGGGGAACUAUAGACGAAUUUAUCCUCCUGAAGAUAAAACUCUGCUUGAAAAGUAUGAAAGUUUGUUGGCUGUUGCCUUUCAGACCUUCCUUUCAGGAAGAGCAGCUUCAUUCCAGCGGGAGCUGAAUAAUCCUUUGAAAAGGAUGAAGGAAGAAGAUAUUUUAGAUCUUCUGGAACAAUGUGAAAUUGAUGAUGAAAAAUUAAUGGGUAAAACUGUCAAGCCUCGAGGACCAAAGCCUCUCUCCUCCAUGCCCGAGAGCUCGGAGGUACUGAGAAGACAGAAAUACUACAGCAGUGACAGCAGUUAUGACAAUAGCCACAGCUCUUCAGACUCAGAUGAAAAUGAAAAAGAAGAAUACCAAAAUAAGAAAAGAGAAAAGCAAGUGACCUAUAACCUUAAACAGUCCAGCCACUACAAGUUAAUUCAACAAUCCAGCUCUAUUAGGCGUUCAGUCAGUUGCCCUCGGUCCAUCUCUUCUCAGUCACCUUCCAGUGCAGACAACCGGCCAUUCUCUGCUCAACAAAUGAUCUCAGCUUCCCGGUCAACUUCAGGGUCUCGGUCACAUUCCUUGAACCGUGCUUCCUCCUACAUGAGGCAGCUGCCUCACGCUAAUGAUGCCAGCACUACUAACUCUCAGACGAGUGAGUCUUUGCGGCAACUGAGAACAAAGGAACAAGAAGACCAUCUAACAAGUCAGACCUUAUUUGUCCUCAAGGACAUGAAGAUCCGGUUUCCAGGAAAAUCAGAUGCAGAAUCAUUACUUCUGAUAGAAGAUAUCAUUGAUAACUGGAGGUAUCAUAAAACAAAAGUGGCUUCAUAUUGGCUCAUAAAAUUGGACUCUGUAAAACAACGAAAAGUUUUGGACAUAGUAAAAACAAGUAUUCGUACAAUUCUUCCACGCAUCUGGAAGGUCCCUGACGUCGAGGAAGUAAAUUUAUAUCGGAUUUUCAACAGGGUUUUUAAUCGCUUACUGUGGAGUCAUGGUCAAGGACUGUGGAACUGUUUCUGUGAUUCAGGAUCCUCUUGGGAGAGUAUUUUCAGUAAAAGCCCGGAGGUGGUGACUCCUUUGCAGCUCCAGUGUUGCCAGCGCCUGGUUGAGCUUUGUAAACAGUGCCUGCUAGUGGUUUACAAAUAUGCAACGGACACCCGAGGGUCGCUCUCAGGCACACGUCCUGAUUGGAGUAAUUCCAGGUAUUUAUUACCAGGAAGUACACAAUUCUUCAUGAGAACACCAACCUACACCUUGAAAUACAGUUCACCUGGAAUGACUCGCUCCAGUGUUUUGUUUACAUCCCGAUAUGGCCAUUUGUGAAACAGAAAGGAAGAUCUCCAUGGAUUAUGCAUAGCAAUUCAUUUUUUCCCUCCAAUUUAAACAUGCAAAGAAAGUGACCAUUAAGUGCUGUUUUAUGUAUAUAUGACAUAUAUGUGUGAAAAUAUAUACACAUGUGCACUCAAAUAAUACAUAUAUAUUUAUUAUAAUAUAUGAAAGAAGAAUUAGCAGAAAACUGGAUAUAAGACUUAACCUUUCUGGAAAUGUAAUAAACCAUGCUAAAAUUGUUUACACAAAUACGUGAAUGUCUAGAAUUUGCUAGGUUUAUAAUUAAUACCUUCCUACUAGAAAUGUUAUUUUUGCUGCAGAAUAUAUAAAACAAUUGAUCUUAAAGAUCCCAUUUCAGUGUUAAAUUAUUUUCUAGAUAAUACAUCUUUUGACUUGAAAAAGCAUUAAUAGCAUACCUUAUUAAUUCUCUUAUAUGUAGUAGCCAUUUAAAAUGAAAAACAAAGCUAGGAGCCUGGUGUUGCUUGAUGAUAGGAUUACAUGUAAAACGGGUUUAUCAUUCUUACAGCACACUGCAAAGUAGUAUAACAAUCCCAACCUAAAAUUCCCAACAUUUUUAUUUCUUUAUGUGGAAAUUUAGCUACUUGUGACGAUGUACAUUUUCAGUAAGGAUCUAGUAGGACCAUAUAAUGAUCUAAAAUGGAAGACAAUCCAGUGGGUUAAAAGUAAACAAAACAUAAACUAGCUUUCAUUUUUUAUGUUUCAUUGGGAGUCACACAAAGGAACAGAAAAUGACGGUAAUAACAAAAUCUUUGGAAAAUGAAUGGGUACAUACAGUUAAAUACAAUUUCUUCUGUUCUUCAGAAGUAGAAGAGUUGACAUUUCAAACUCAUUUUGGAGUUAUAGGAUAAUGUGUCACACAAGUCUCUCAACGUUGAACCAAGUUACACUGCAAAGUCUAAUAAAGAGUUUCACAUUGUACCAUAGAAAAUAAUCUAAAUUAUUGCAAAUAGAAGAUUUGGAUUACUAAAUAUUAUCAGUCAUGGAUAUACCCUUGUGAAUUUUCAAAAAUCAAAAUAAAGCAUGAAGUUUUCUUCAUGUCUACAGUCAUUCUGCAUGAAUUUCUUAGCAGUUUACUUCCUUUUCUUGCUUACAGUUUCAAAAACAACGGUGAGCUUCAGUUUUCCAUAAAAAUAUCAAAAGCAGUAUCAUUGACCUGAAACUCCUUAGAAAUUGUGAUAUUCAUCUUUUAGAAGUUUGUUUACACUUCUCCCAACAGUCUUAUUUUCUCACAGAUGCUAAUUAUUGGCAAAAUUUAGGAAAGUUUUACAUUUUACUGUCCUAGAAACUAUUUUCAGUAAAUCAAGAAAUGGCCCCAAACCAGGAGAACUCAACAGAGGCAAACUGCCUGUGUUAAUUUACAAACUGGAUAAAUAGCAACCUAAAGUUGUAAGUUAGAUACCUUUUGCUUAUUUUAAAGCCAUAUUCUGAGGUUAUAAUAGGCUAAAAUAGGCUUUUUCCUUAAAUUAUCACCAUUUGAUUCUUUAUGACCACCUAACAUCCAUAUUCUUGCUAGAUGCAUCCCAAAGAAGAGUUUGCUAUUGUCUUUGUGGAAAAAGAGGAUGAAGAUGUCAGGAUAAAGGAAAUUAUAAUUUAACUCUGAGUGUUUGUGACUCCACUUUGCAGAUUUCUUAGAAUUCAUAGUGCAAAAAUUGGGAUAUUACAAAUUCAUUAUAAGAGUGAUCAGCAAGUAGGUCUUUUUAUGAAGUAUUUUUUAUCAUUUUUCUUUUAAAUUCAUGCUUUGUCUAUGAAUGAGACAUAAUUUCAAGUGUCUGGUAUGUGACACCAACCCAGUUUGUUGGUAACUCACCUGCAAUCAUUUAAAUCAAAAUGGUUAUUUCUUUUGCUAGAACGGAUGCUUUGGAACUUCUGUCCUUAGUCAUAAAAGACUAAAAUUUUUAUUUAAAACAAAAAAAGACUAAUGUCCAACAUGGGGAUGAACCCUCUCCCCCUAGAAAACACACACACACACACACACACACACACACACACACACACUCUCUCUCUCUCUCUCUCUUUCUCUCUCUCUCUCUCUCUCUCUUUAAAAACCAAAAAUAAGUUAAAACAUGUGAAACUACCCAAUGAACAAAUUUCAUUUCUCUAGCUACUUAGAGCUGGCUGUUUUCAAGCACCAGAAUUUUAUUGCUCACAUUUGCUUAUUUAUACUGAUCUAGUUUGAUGUGAUAAAGUUGUGAAUAAGAGCCAUGUGCUCAUUAUUUAUAUAUGCUAUGUGGUAUACUGUGGACUAUGGUUGCUCUAGUGCUUAUUCCCUAAUGAGAAACUAAGAAGAGAAGAUACAGUAGUAAACCCUGAACAUCUCUAGAGGCCACAGAUAUGUUUUAGAGGUAUAAAAUAUUCCUUAGUUUUUAUUAUAAAUUUUUUAUUCAUAGAGUUAAAACAUAUUAAUAUAAGUGAUAGUACGGGUCUGAUUCUCUCUCUUUCUUCCAGGAGAGGAAAUAACUUUAUUUGCAAAACUCCAGAAGUUAUUCAAUAUUACCAGUAGUUUUUAAUAGGGAAUUUGGUUUACUUGAGUUGAAAGUGUAUAUUUUCAUUCUGUUAUGAGAAAACAUAGCCCUACUCAUUCUGUUAAUCUAAGAUCAGAAUGCUUUCCAGAACUGUAUAUGAUUGCAGUGAUUUCCAGAAUUUUAUAAAAAGCACCUUUAUUUUAAAUCAUCUAUGAACGUGGUAUGAGAUUACAGAUUUAUUUUCACAUUAAUUAUUAAGCAUUGUAAUUAAUUACCAUCUGUUUUAUGUAAUCUGUUGAACAACUGUGAUUCAUAUUUUUAUUUAUUUUUAUUAGCAACAAAUUUUAUUUUACUGGCAUUUCAUCUACCUUGCAUGUAUGAAAAUGAAGUUAUCACAGGAUGAAAUAUGGAAAUAACUUCUGCCAGAUGCAAAGAUUUAUAUGUAUUUUUUCAUAUGUCUAAGUUAGGUCUAAAUACACAAAAAUUGCCUACUAACGCCUCUUCCCUAAAACUAAAAUGAACCAAAUUCAGACAAACAAAAAAACACUCCAAUUUCUUUUCAUGUAGUAUUUACAAACUAGAUGAUGGUGGCUUCUAAACAUCAAGGAUUUCAUUCUAGUUCUAUUUAAUUUGGAAAGCAUAUGAUUAUAGAAUUUCAAGUUAGGCGUUAUUCAACUUGAAAUUUCACAUUUUAAUAUAAAUUAAUCCAAAUGCUUUUGUCCUUAGCAUGUCAAAGCCAUUCUAUGUAAAAUUAUUUUUAAAUCUAAACAUACACAUUAUUUGAUCUUUUCAGUGUAACAAAAAGUUGAUAGUUGCAUCAACUCUGUUAUUUCUAGGUUUCUAUAAAGCACUGAUUCAUUCUUAAAAGUGUAUUCUGUAAAAACUAAUAGCAAAUACCUCGAGAAGAGUGACAGAACAUACCUUUCUUUUCUUUUCUGUAAUGCUAAUUUACAUUUCAAGUCUUAGCUAACCUGGUUUUAAGGGCUAAGCAAUAAAAAGUAUAACUUCAAAUAGUCGUGUUGCUGUGACCUAAUGAUUUUUGAAAAUUGGCUUUUUUCUUUAAAUUGAGAAAUUUAUGUUUUCAAGUUCUGAAUUAGUUAUCUAAAUAUUUUGGGUUAAUAGUACUUACAAAUAAGUUUUAAAAAUUGGAAAUACAUUCAUGAUGAAAAUGUUAUUCCCUACACUGCUUUUUCUUUCUUGCUUUUUUCCUUGCUUCUCAUCUUCUUCUAUGCUUUAAGCUCCCUUUGAAGUUUUGACCUCUGCGUGGACAAGGUCCAGAAAGGAUAUCUCCUGCCUUUUAAAUAUUGGUUUUCCUUGUAUUGUAUGGUGGUGUAUUUUUGCCUAAGCAACAGUAAAACUUAGAUAAAAUGUGUUUAGAUCAAGUUCACUUCGUCUGCUGAGAUUUUUAAGAACCAAGAUUCCAUGUCUAAAAAGCACCAUUUGAACCAAGAUACAUGGAUACAAAUAAUAACCUUGCAACCAAAAAGUAGUAUAUUAAAACUUAUUGCACUCUUUGAGAUUGCUGCCCUUUUCUGGUGAUUUUUUUGCCUUGUCAUAAAUGUGUGUAUAGUAUAUUGAAGGAAAAUGAUUCGGGUAACACAUUUUGUAUUAACUGGGCUGUAUUAUCUAAGAAGGGCUACAUAAAACUUUUAUUUUAUCCCUACCUACUAACUUGAAAACUGUUGGUGAAAUCAUUACUCAAUAGACUAAUAUUUUUUAAAUAAGAAGGCUUACCUUACAAAACUAAUCAGAUAAUGCUGGUAUUUCUCUUUCAAAGGCUAACAAUGGUAGUUCUUGGUCCUGAGCUGGUUGGUUCAUACCAUUAAUACUGUACAUGCUACAAUAUUGAAUAUUAAUAGAUUUGCUGAAGAUUCUGGGUUUCAAGAAUAGCUUGAAAGCAAUACAUUUGCUACCAUGAAUCAUGACUCAAAUUCUCCCCAUGUGCUUUACUACCUUUGUAUGAAUGCAAAUGUUGUUACAGAAAAUAUGCUUGAAAUGUCAACACAAUGUGCAAUUAGUGUUGCAUUGUCAUGCUUCAGCAUGUGAUAUCUGUAUGGUGAAGUUAUUUCAAUUACUAUAAUAAAAAAUGUUUAACAUAAGAAAGCUA